AUGGCCUUCAACGGCUUUGCCAGCGCUCAGCCCAGCGCAAACGCCAAUCUGAACUUCAAUAUCGAUGUCAACAAGGCGGCCGGUGACAUAGCAAGCGCCAUCUCCGGCCAGGGGAAUGCGGACCGGGGCGGCUUUGUCAAGAACCUCUCCAACGCCUGCUUCUACUCCCUGGGCCAGAGAUACAACUGCAUGGUGUUCAACUUGGGCCAGGAGUACCAGUGGACUGACCAGCAGGGCAUCGUGCUCUAUGGCUCUGGCGUGUACCAGGGCAUCACUUAUGGCAUCUGGGGCUUCACAAGUGGCACCUUUGACAACCAGGGCGACGGAGGCUACAUCAACUGGGCGUUCUUUGGCAACUUUGACAGGAGUGGAAACCAUGUGGUCUUCAAGCCUAUGAGCUGA